CACAGCUUUCCUCACACACACACACACACACACACACACACACAAACCUUUCAUACUUUUACUUUUCACAUACAACAAUUGCAAAGAUGGCUCCUCUCAAGGUUGGCGACAAGCUCCCCGAGGGUGUCAAGUUCGAAUGGGCCCCCAUCACGGACAGCGACCCCACCGCAUGUGGCCGCCCUCAAGAGUACGAUGCUAGCAAGGAGUGGGCAGACAAGAAAGUCGUCGUCUUCUCCGUUCCCGGUGCCUUCACUCCCGGCUGCCAGGCAUACCACCUGCCACCCUACAUUGCCAAGGCCAAGGAGUUCAAGGACAAGGGCGUCGACAUCAUCGCCACAAUUGCGUCCAACGAUGCGUGGGUCAUGAACGCGUGGGGCAAGGUCAACGGUGUCAAGGGCGACGAGGUCCUGUUUCUGAGUGACACCAAGACAUUUUUCAGCAAGAACUACGGUUGGGAUGCUGGCAUGGGUGACCGCAAUGGUCGCUGGGCUAUGGUUUUCGACCACGGCAAGGUCAUCUAUGCUGAGAACGAGAAGAGCCCUGGCGAGGUUUCCGUCUCUGGUGCUGAUGCCGUCCUUGCCAAGCUGUAAACAUUGACAGCGAAUAGCAAGUGUCUCAAGAAGUCGCUGCAAAAUGACGAUAGACCUAGUUAACGUCAUAUAGACGAAUGAAUGAAAUGAAGAACAAAUCACCAUG